AUGAUUACGAACGGAUCGUCAAUUGGCAGUAUUGUGGUCACAUUUGUGUCAUUCUACUUAUAUCCAAUAGCGGGCCUCAAUGUGCCGAUAUGGUUUGAUUCUUCCAAUGGCUGGCAUCGCUCCAUCGACUAUCACCCAGAGCAACCUGCUCGAAUUGAUGCCUGUGUGAAGGAGAUCCAACGAUUGAAGGAGAGCCAACAAAUGGAAGGUACCAUAUUGAUAGAUACGACACCUGACACAAGCACUCUAUGGAAGGAUUGUGCACAUGAACAUCAACCUUUUUCUGAAGAAGAGCUUCACCAUGCUCGUGACAUCCUCCUGAAAACACACGAUGAAGAAAUGGUGUUGACGAUUGAAGGAAGCUGUAGCAAAAGCCGCGACUUGCGUAUUUCCGAAGGCAAAGAUCCGCUUGGUUUUAUCGGCAAUAUCGACGAAGACACCUUUCUAACGACCGAGUCUUUUGACGUUUGCCUCCGAGCCACCGCCGCAUGGAUCAGGGCUGUGGAUCAUGCAUUCGACAAGAAACAAGCAGCAUUCGCACUCACAAGACCACCUGGGCAUCAUGCAACCUUCCAACUAUCCAACGGAUUUUGUAUUGUAAACUUUGCGGCUGCCGCAGUGGUCCACCUGUUGGAGUCACAUGAUGAUAUCAAGGUGUCAGUUUUCGAUUGGGACGUGCAUUAUGGCCAAGGAGUUGCAAAAAUAAUUCAGAAGUACUCAAGAGCAAGAUAUGUUUCAAUUCACCAAACUCCUGCCUUUCCGUACAUGGGAAACAAGCUGGGGGUAUCAGGGGAACACUUGAAUGUGAUGACCAUCCCUAUACCAGCGGAAACGACGUGGACAUGUGGAUACAAGGAGAAGUUUGAGGAGAAAGUAUUGCCAUUUGUAUGCUCAGAUAAUGACUCGUGGAAGCCUAAUCUCGUGCUGAUUUGUGCCGGAUAUGAUGCACUCGAUAGCGAUGAACUGGCAAGCGUGAGUUUACAGGCGAAGGACUACAAAGCGAUGGCAUCAAGACUUGUGAAGCAUUUGCGCGAGAAUGAAUCCAGCGCAUCCAUUGCAUUGGGGCUUGAGGGAGGAUACCAGCUCAGCGAGUUUGCAGGUGGUGGGAAUCUCCCAAAUGCAGUCACGGCCACAAUUCAAGGAUUGACUGAAUGA